AUGUCCCGUCAGGUCAUCUCCAAGCCGACCUUGGGUCCGGCUCGCCGCACCCGCGCUCACAGUCAGACUCUCAUCAACAGUGUCGGUGCCGCCGCUGCUGUCAGCAAGAUGACUGGCACUGCCAAUCCUACCAAUAAGGGAUCGAACACCUCAGCCACCAAGCCCCAGGCUAAGAAGGUCAAGAAGGAAGAGAAGUCCAAGCAGGUCGCGAAGUGCAAAAAGGUCCAGAAGCUGAAGCCUCGCUUCGACACCUUUCACCCGUUCCCCCGUCUCCCUAAUGAGAUCAAGGCAAUGAUCCUUUGCGAGUACAUCGAUUUCGAGCCUGCCAUCAUUUACGCGAGCUGCAAGGCCAACAAGAGCACCCCGGGCCUCAUCGACGUCAACACUGGCAAUGAUGGUAAGCACUCGAAGUACAAAUGCAUCGCCGAGCUCACCAAGGGCAUCCCCGGCUUUGAAGCCUACGUCGAGCGCCAGGUUGGCGUCUCCUUCAAGGACUUGUCCUACCGCCCCGAGGAAGGCGUCCGCAAGGGCAAGGAUCUCAUGGUUCUUAUCUUCGACGACAAGUGGGGCCAUUACCUCGACUGGUACAGCAAUUCCCAGCGGAAGCUUAACCGCAGGCAAUUCAUGCCCGGCAUUGAGAAUUUUGGCGUCAUGUACGAUCCGACCCGCCUUCGCGGUCUGUGUGCAGGCCCUGGACUCUUUGGACCUUACUUCGAUGCCUCUUAUGAUCUCCACAUGCUUGUCAACAAUCUCCGUGACAUUAAGAACUUCUACCUUCUCGUCAAGUUGCGCGGCGGCAGUCAGACCGAGCAGAAGAAGUGGAUGAAGAAGCGGCUUGGCAUUGCGAAACGUUGCAACAACAAUUUCGUGGUCUUCGAAGACAAGCAGAGAACUUGGGUGGAAAUCUCUCGGAAGACCGUCAAACACCAGGCGUAUAGCUCUCUUCUGACAGAUGCAGACAAACUCCUCAAAACCACCGAGAUGCACUACCGUUCACUCUGCAGACUGUUGGGUGGACCCCCCAACGUCCAAUUCCGCAUCCUGGUGGCGUCGCAUUUCCUGAACAAGAAGCUGGGAAUUUGA